GCCCGGCCGGCCGGCGCUGCCCCGCGGCCCGGCGGGCGGGCGUUGGCCGGGCCUUCCUCCGGCGCGGGCGCCGCGACGCGCCUCCCUCUCCCCAAGAUGGCGGCUCCGUUGGCGGUAAAUUCGGCUGCAAGCUUGUGGGGUCCAUACAAGGACAUAUGGCAGACUGUAAUGAAUGCCAUUUGGAAAAGGCAACCUGAAGCUGUUCAUCGUCUCGAUCAAGUUUUAAAGAAGCACAAAUCUGACUUCAUUUCUCUCUUCAGAAAUCCGCCAAAAAAUGUUCAGCAGCAUGAGAAAAUUCAGAAAGCAAGCACAGAAGGAGUUGCAAUCCAGGGUCAGCAGGGAACUAGGCUUUUGCCAGAGCAGCUCAUCAGAGAAGCCUUUAUCCUCAGUGACCUCUUUGAUAUUGGAGAGCUGGCAGCCGUUGAGCUCCUUCUAGCUGGAGAACACCAGCAGCCCCAUUUUCCUGGCCUUACAAGAGGUCUAGUGGCAGUUCUGUUGUACUGGGAUGGAAAAAGAUGCAUUGCCAAUUCACUGCGAACCCUCAUCCAGUCACGCCAAGGCAAGACAUGGACAUUGGAACUCAGUCAAGAGUUAAUUUCCAUGACAACACGCUUUACAGAUGACCUAAUGGAGCAGGGUUUGACUCAGAAGAUCCUUACACUUGUGUCUCACAUUGAUUUGAACAAUGAAUUUGAUAAACUCCAGAGAGAGCGAGGAUUGGGCAGUGAGAAACAUCGCAAAGAGGUUUCUGAUCUCAUUAAAGAAUGCCGACAGUCCUUGGCUGAAAGUCUCUUUGUCUGGACCUGUCAGUCACCCCUGAGUAAAGAUGACACUCUAAUCCUCAUAAGUUACCUGGAGAAGGUAACAGUGGAAGCUGAUGUCUUGGAUGGUGUGAACUUGUCUCUUCUCAUGGCUCUCCUUUACUGCUUUGAUGUCAGCUUUCUGGAGCAAGGGGCAGAAGAUCGUGAAGACUUGAUGCACCGGCUCCCUCUGCUAGCAGAAAGACAGUACAUAGCAACAAUCCACACUCGGCUUCAGGAGUCUCAGCCCUGGAAAUUGCCAGGCCUGCAAGCUACUGUUAGAUUAGCCUGGGCACUGACACUGAGAGGAAUAUCCCAAUUCUCUGAUGUGACAGCUCUAGCAGAAUUCACUGAGGCAGACGAGGCAAUGGCAGAGCUAGCAAUUGCUGAUUAUGUUUUCCUGUUCCUGACUGAAUCUGUUGUGGCAUCUGAAAAUUUCUACCAGGAGGAAUUUUACAUCCGCAAAAUCCAUAACCUUGUCACAGACUUCCUUGCACUCAUGCCAAUGAAAGUGAAACAGCUGAGAAAUCGUGCUGAUGAAGAUGCUCGCAUGAUCCACAUGAGUAUUCAGAUGGGUAAUGACCCACCUAUUUCCCUUCGGAGAGAUCUGGAGCAUUUAAUGCUUCUAAUCGCUGAAUUGUACAGGAAAGACCCCUUUAAUCUGGAGCUUGCCCAUGAGUACUGGUGUCCAUCAGAGCCCCUGCAGACAUCCACCAUCAUGGGCUCCUACCUUGGAGUAGCUCACCAGCGACCCCCUCAGCGCCAGGUUGUCUUGUCAAAGUUUGUUAGGCAAAUGGGAGAUCUACUUCCUUCCACAAUUUACAUCCCAUACUUGAAAAUGCUGCGGGGACUGGCUAGUGGGCCUCAGUGUGCUCAUUACUGCUUUAGUUUGCUAAAAGUCAAUGGCAGUAGUCAUGCGGAAAACAUCCAAGGAGCUGGUGGCAGUCCGUCCUGGGAGCAUUUCUUCCACUCUUUGAUGCUUUAUCAUGAGCACUUAAGGAAAGACUUGCCAAGUGCAGACAGUGUCCAGUACCGUCACCUGCCUCUCCGAGGCAUCACACAGAAGGAGCAGGAUGGAUUAAUUGCAUUUUUACAGCUGACCACUGUUAUAGUCAAUUGGAGUGAGAAUGCUCGCUUGGCUCUUUGUGAGCACCCUCAGUGGACACCAGUAGUGGUCAUCCUGGGACUUCUGCAGUGCAGCAUUCCUCCUAUUCUGAAAGCCGAGCUGUUGGAAACCCUUACUGCUUUUGGAAGAUCUCCUGAAAUAGCUGCUUCACUCUGGCAAUCUCUGGAAUAUACACAGAUAUUACAAACUGUGAGAAGUCCAGGGCAGAGACAAGCAAUUGGUAUUGAGGUUGAAUUGAAUGAGAUUGAGUCCCGGUGUGAGGAAUAUCCUUUAACUCGUGCCUUCUGUCGACUCAUCAGCACUCUGGUGGAGAGUUCAUUCCCAGCUAACUUGGGAGCAGGUCUCCGCCCUCCAGGCUUUGAUCCCUAUCUCCAGUUCCUCAGGGACUCUGUGUUUCUCCGAUUCCGCACCAGAGCUUACCGGAGAGCUGCUGAAAAGUGGGAAGUAGCUGAGGUAGUUCUGGAAGUGUUUUACAAAUUAUUGCGGGACUACGAACCUCAACUUGAAGACUUUGUGGACCAAUAUGUGGAGUUACAAGGAGAAGAAAUAAUAGCAUAUAAACCACCUGGAUUUAAUUUGAUGUAUCAUCUGUUGAAUGAGUCCCCAAUGCUGGAACUUUGCCUUAGUUUGCUAGAAGAAGGGGUUAAGCAGCUUGAUACUUAUGCUCCAUUUCCUGGGAAGAAGCACUUAGAGAAAGCUGUACAGUAUUGCCUUGCACUUCUGAACUUAACCCUACAGAAGGAGAAUAUUUUUAUGGAUCUGUUGCGGGAGAGCCACCUUUCCCUUAUUGUCACACCACUGGAGCAGCUGCUUCAAGGAAUCAAUCCUCGCACUAAAAAGGCAGACCACGUGGUGAAUAUUGCUAGGUAUCUUUACCAUGGAAACAGCAAUCCUGAACUAGCUUUUGAAAGUGCCAAGAUUUUGUGCUGUAUUUCUGAUAAUUCCAACAUCCAGAUAAAACUAGUUGGUGAUUUCACACAUGAUCAGAGUGUUAGCCAGAAGCUGAUGGCUGGAUUUGUGGAAUGUUUAGAUAAUGAAGAUGCAGAAGAAUUAAUUAAUCCAGAUGAGGAGCUGGAGCCAGAAAAGAAGCGGGCACAAAUCCAUCAUGAAACAAGGAUCCAUAUUCUGAAUCUCCUAAUCACCUCUCUUGAGUGCAGUCCUCCCAGCCUAGCUCUGUAUCUCUUGGGGUUUGAACUAAAGAAACCUGUCAGCACCACAAAUUUGCAAGAUCCAGGUGUCCUGGGUUGCCCACGGACUUGCCUUCAUGCUAUUUUGAACAUACUGGAGAAGGGUACUGAAACAAGGAAUGGGCCUACAGCAGUUCGGGAGUCUCCCCACCUUGCAGAACUCUGUUACCAGGUGAUCUAUCAGUUGUGUGCGUGCUCUGACACUUCAGGUCCAACUAUGAGAUACCUGAGGACCAGUCAGGAUUUCUUAUUCACUCAGCUCCAGUACUUGCCAUUUUCUAUCAAAGAACAUGAGAUCUCAACUCUCAACCAAAUGUCGUGGCUAAUGAAGACUGCAGCUAUAGAAAUGCGAGUGACGUCGCUGAACCGCCAGCGCUCCCACACACAGAGACUGCUGCACCUGCUGCUCGAUGACAUGCCUGUGAAACCAUACCUGGCUGAUGGUGAAGGAGGAAUGGAAGAUGAAAGUCGAUCAGUCAGUGGAUUUCUCCAUUUUGAUACUGCUUCUAAAGUACGCAGAAAGAUCUUAAAUAUCCUGGAUUCAAUUGACUUCAGUCAGGACAUUCCAGAGCCUUUACAACUGGAUUUUUUUGAUCGGGCUCAAAUUGAGCAAGUCAUUGCUAAUUGUGAGCACAAGAAUGCACGUGGACAAGUGGUCUGCAAUGUCAAGUAUGUUCACAGAGUUCUGGUUGCAGAAGUCAAUGCCCUUCAAGGAAUGGCAGCAAUAGGUCAGAGACCUUUACUUAUGGAGGAGAUCAACACUAUCCUGCAGUACGUAGUGGAGCGGAACAAGCUGCUGCAAUGCCUCCAUGCCAAGAGGCAUGCUCUGGAGUCGUGGAGACAGCUGGUGGAAAUCAUACUCACUGCCUGCCCCCAGGAUCUCAUACAGGCUGAGGACAGGCAGCUGAUUAUCCGGGAUCUGUUGCAGGAUGUGCAUGACAAGAUCCUCGAUGAUGAUGCAGCUCAGGAGUUGAUGCCAGUGGUGGCAGGGGCUGUGUUCACCCUGACUGCCCACCUGAGCCAGUCUGUGAAAACGGAGCAGAAACAGCCCCUUGCACUCCCUAUGGCUGGACAAUCCCAAUAUGUCUUGAUGCUGGAUGGUUCUUUUACCUCAUCACCUGGCUCUGAGAGCAUUUCCAUGGGUUUUGCUUCCAUUGGUGACUCCUCCCUCCACAUCAUCUUGAAAAAGCUGCUGGAUUUCAUUUUGAAAACAGGCGGUGGCUUCCAGAGAGUGAGGACGCACCUUUAUGGAUCACUGCUUUAUUAUUUGCAGAUUGCCCAGAGACCAGAUGAACCAGACACUUUAGAAGCAGCUAAAAAAACAAUGUGGGAACAUUUGACGGCUCCUGAAGAUGUGUUUAGUAAAUUGCAACGGGAAAACAUGGCAACUAUUGAGAGUUAUGGGGCAGCUCUGAUGGAGGUUGUCUGUCGUGAUGCUUGUGAUGGCCAUGAGAUAGGCCGGAUGUUGGCUUUGGCUUUACUGGAUCACAUUGUUUCAGUAGACAAGCAGCAGCAGUGGCUGUUGUAUCUCUCGAAUAGUGGCUACCUGAAGGUGCUUGUGCAUAGCCUGGCAGAUGAUGAUCUGGCUCUUCAGAGCUUGCUCACACCUCAGCCCCCUCUGCUUAAGGCGCUGUACACCUAUGAGUCGAAAAUGGCAUUCCUCACUCGAGUAGCCAAAAGUCAGCAGGGUGCAUUAGAGCUGCUGCGGUCUGGCGUGAUUGUGCGGCUGGCGCAGUGCCAGGUGUAUGACAUGCGACCUGAAACAGACCAUCAGGGAAUGUAUGCAAUGAGAGAUCCCCCAGUCUUCAUUCCUGCUCCAGUGGAACGUUAUCGCCAGAUUCUUCUUCCAGCUCUUCAGCUGUGCCAAGUGAUCCUCACAUCCAGCAUGGCACAGCACUUGCAAGCAGCAGGACAGGUUUUGCAGUUCCUAAUUUCCCAUUCAGAUACUAUCCAGGCAAUCCUGAGGUGUCAAGAAAUAAGUGUUGGAUCUCUCCAGGAGCUGGCCUCCCUGACAGGAAUAAUCAGCAAGGCAGCAUUGCCUGGAGUGUUAACUGAGCUGGACAUGGAUGUUAAUGAAGGGACACAGAUGGAGCUACAAGGACACAUCGGACGAUUUCAGCGGCAGUGCUUAGGACUUCUGAGUCGUUUUGGGGGAUCAGACAGGCUACGUCAGUUCAAGCUGCAAGAUGAUAAUGCAGCAGGAGACAGAGUGAACAAGAGGGAUGAAACUGAGUUGGCUAUGCAACAGAUCUGUGCAAAUGUGAUGGAAUACUGUGAGUCACUGAUGUUGCAAAGUGCCCCCAGUUUCCAGCACACUGUUUGUCUGUUUACUCCCAGCCUGUCAGAGUCAACCAACCGUGAUGGGCCUCGGCAGGAUACACAAACACCAGUGGUCCCAUAUUGGCACUUGCCUGGCCUGGGCAUUAUUGUUUACCUGCUGAAACAGAGCACUAGUGAUUUCUUCAGUUACUAUGACAGCCAUCGUCAGAGUGUUAACAAACUGCAAAAUGUGGAGCAACUGCCACCAGAUGAAAUAAAAGAGUUGUGUCAAUCAGUUAUGCCAGCUGGGGUUGACAAGAUUUCCACUUCCCAAAAAUACGUAUUGGCAAGGCGGCGCCUGGUGAAGCUAAUAAAUAACAGAGCCAAGUUGCUCUCCCUCUGUUCCUAUAUCAUAGAAAUAUGUCUCUUCAUUCUUUGGCGCCAUCUGGAACACUACCUGCUGCACUGCACACCCACUGACUCCCAAGACCCGCUGCUGUCCUCUAGGAUAUCAUUUAAGAAAGGAAGGCUGCAAGAUUCCUUUGGUUCAGAGCCAAGGUUGGAUUUCAGUAGUGGACUGAAUCGUGUGAGCCAGCACGAUAUAGAACAGCUUCAGAUUGAAGCCACAAACAGCUUUGGUGAAUCUCUGCAGAAGAAGCUCCUGGACAUCGAAGGUUUAUAUUCCAAGGUUCGCUCCCGGUACACCUUUAUUCAAGCUCUCGUUAGACGUAUCCGUGGGCUCCUAAGGAUAUCAAGGACCUGAAAGACACUUGGUACAAUCUGCUUGCCCAGUGAAGCUGUGUGCUAGGGCAGGCCUUCAUUGGAUUUUAUAGAUCAAACAUUUUCUAAAUACUGUCAAAAUUAUUUUGUUACUUUUUUUUAUCCCUGUGGAUGAGUUUUGUGUAUUCUUUCCUACUGCUCCCAACUUGACAUAAAAAAUAAAGGAUUCUUUUCAACUGA